UUUUUUUUUCUUCGUUAUUAUGUCGAAUAUGAUUAGUGAUGAAUUAAGUACUCCUCGAGUAGCAACACCUGUAGAGAAUGAUGGCAUGAGUUGGCCAAGUUUGGGUGCUCGUGAACGUCGAGAUGAAACUCCCCCACAAAGAGAAGAAAGAGAAAAGAAACUGGCUGAGGCUGUCAAGACCAUUCUGACCUGUAUUGGCGAAGAUCCCGAAAGAGAAGGCUUAUUAAAAACCCCGGAAAGAUAUGCAAAAGCAUUGAUGUUUUUUACGCAAGGCUAUGAAAGAAACAUCCAUGAGGUCAUCAAUGAUGCAGUUUUUGAAGAAGAUCAUGACGAAAUGGUGCUUGUGAAAGAUGUGGAUGUCUUUUCUCUAUGUGAGCAUCAUAUGGUUCCCUUUAUGGGCAAGAUUAGUAUUGCUUAUAUCCCUAACCGCCGAGUCGUUGGACUUAGUAAAUUGGCUCGUAUUGCAGAAAUGUUUGCUAGAAGAUUACAAGUUCAGGAACGCAUGACAAAACAAAUAGCUACUGCACUCAUGGAAAUCCUUCAACCUCAGGGUGUUGCUGUUGUCAUGGAAUGCUCACAUUUGUGCAUGUGUUCAAGAGGUGUUCAGAAACCUGGUAGUGCCACUAUUACAAGUUGUAUGUUGGGAGUGUUCAGAAGUAGUCCACGAACAAGAGAAGAGUUCCUUAAUUUGAUUAGACGAUAGCAUAUAUACACCAAUACACCCUCUAUUUAUAUAUACA